AUGAUGCGCCCUGUUUUGCAGACCAAGCUAUGUAUCUUUCGCACUUCCAAUGGGUGUGGCUGGGGCGUGAAGACCCUCGAACCCAUCAAACGUGGCACGUUUGUGGCCGACUAUGUGGGCGAAGUCAUCACCAGCGAGGAAGCUGAGGAAAGGGGGAAAAAAUAUGACGCUGAGGGGCGAACCUACUUGUUUGACUUGGAUUUCAACAUGGGCCAGGACAAUCCGUACACCGUGGAUGCGGCUUUCCACGGCAACGUGGCUCACUUCAUUAACCACAGCUGCGAUCCCAAUCUGUCGAUCUUCAACGUGUGGGUGGACUGUCUGGACCCGAACUUGCCUCGGAUCUGUCUGUUCUCCCGAAGAGACAUUGCCAAGGGCGAACAACUCACGUUCGAUUAUUGUCAGCAGUCCACACAGAACUAUGCGUUUGAAGAUGUUCAAAAAGCUGAUCAAGAGGGGGAUGUCGUCAGGAGAGCCGGAGAAGAAACGGGCGCUCCUCAGAAGAUGGAGUGUCGUUGUGGGGCGGAUAAUUGUCGGAAAAGGCUUUUUGAGUAA